CCCCAAGCGUUGAUCAAACUGGUCAAACUACGCCUCUUCACGAUCAUUCAAUAGACCACCACCAAACACGAAUAUAACAUGACCUCCAAAAACCCCUCUGACGCGCUCUACGGCAUCCAGCGCUCCAGACAAGGCGUCAGCCAAAAAGAUAUCACCUCCUCAUCAACCUUAGCCUUUACAACACACCUCUCCUCGCUCAUCUCCAAAGAUGCCGAUUCAAAUACAAACAAAGGACGCACACGGCCGUCGAAAACCGCAAAAUCCGAUAUUUUCUCCGUUCACAACAAAGGUACCCUAAAACGCGCCGCGGCGGAUGAAGCUGAAGAUGUGCAUGGGGUGCGACCAGUCCAUCAGAAGAGUGAUGACAUUGGCCAGGUCGAUGCUGCCACCCUGCAACGAUCGAAGCGACGUAUGCAAGAGAAAGCAACUCUUUAUGAAGAUCUGAAAAGGGGCCAUCAUUUAGCUGAUGGGGCCAGUAGUAGUGAUGAGGAGGGACUGGUGGGGAAUAAUGAUGAUGAGCAGAUGUCGAGGAUGCGUCGCCGGGAACGGAAUGCUCUUGUGGAUUUUGAUCGGAAAUGGGCAGAGGAGGAGGAGAAGAGACAAGAACGAGGGGGGAAGAUGACUGGUUCGCUGGUGGAAUAUGAAGACGAGUUUGGCCGGACGCGGCGUGGCACGAAAGCCGAAGCUGCGGAGGCUGCUCGAUUAAUUAGACUCGAGGCAGGAGGGCGUGAUGAGGUGGACAAGUCGCGGCCGUCGCGGCCUACAAACCUAAUACAUGGCGAGACUAUCCAAUCUCACGCAUUCAACCCGGACGCAGCCAUGGCAUCGCAGAUGGCCUAUCUCGCAUCGAAGCAGGCUGAAGUGCGUACUCGCGGUACGGGAUUCUACAAGUUUUCGUCCGACGAAAAAGUGCGAGAGAGGGAAAUGGAGGAAUUAUUGAAUACCCGGCAAGAAACAGAGAGGGAGCGACAAGCGCGCAGUGAACGUAAAGCUGAGCGCGAUCGUGUCAAGGAUGAACGAAGGAAAAAGAUCCAGGAAUUGAGAAGUAGACAUCACGCAGACCGCUUUUUGAAGGGGCUAAGUGUUGAUCUGGGAUGAAAUUUGUUUGAUAAUCAAGCGUGAGAAAAACUUGUACAUAGUGUUAUGAAUAAUAAUUUUAAUAAGAUGUGGUUACACAGCA